AACAUAACCUGUUCUCCAAGAUUUAUUUAACUGUCGGCAAACCAAUCAAUAAAUUAAAAUACAACCACAUUUAUCGAUUUUUGGAAUAUAUUAUUUAUUUAGCUUACGUCAAUGUUAUUUAAUUUAGUCAACAAACGAUUAAAUAUUAGAAUAGUUCGAAACUUGGUUACAACCAUGGCGGAUAAAAUUGUUAAUAUAGAUGAAGUAGAAAAAGUUGCAAAUGAUAACAAUGUGUGGAUUGUGGAUGUUAGAGAACCAGAUGAAGUAAAAUCAUCAGGUUUGAUUGGAAAAAGUAUUAAUAUACCCUUGGGAACUGUCAAAGAUGUUUUAAAGGAUACCUCGAGUGAAGCUUUCCAAAAUAACUAUGGACGUCCAAAACCAGAAGCAAAUUCUCCUUUAAUAUUCUAUUGCAUGAGAGGAGGACGUGCUGCAAAAGCAGCAGAAUUGGCAGAAUCACUUGGAUUUAAAAAUGCCAAAUAUUACCAAGGUAGCUGGACAGAAUGGUCAUCUAAACAUUCUUAGGUACAAAAUAGGCAAAAAGGAAAAAAAGACUCUUUUAUAUUUUAGUCUGUAAUGC